AUUUACUUACCUCACUUCCAAUUGAAUCUCUCUUGUAUUUCUACCCUCGUUAAUUUCUAGAACUUUUAAUUUUAGCAAUGGCGCCAAAAGCUGAAAAGAAGCCCGCCGAGAAGAAGCCGGCCGGAGAGAAAGCUACGGAGGAGAAGAAGACCAGCGUCGCCGAGAAGGCUCCAGCUGAGAAGAAGCCAAAGGCCGGGAAGAAGCUGCCCAAAGAAGCCGGUGCUGGCGCCGGUGAUAAGAAGAAAAAGCGUUUGAAGAAGAGCGUGGAGACCUACAAGAUCUACAUCUUCAGGGUGCUGAAACAAGUUCACCCAGACAUCGGGAUCUCCAGUAAGGCCAUGGGAAUCAUGAACAGCUUCAUCAACGAUAUUUUUGAGAAAUUGGCUCAGGAAGCCUCCAGGCUUGCUAGGUACAACAAGAAGCCCACCAUCACUUCCAGGGAGAUUCAGACUGCUGUGAGACUUGUGCUGCCUGGCGAGUUGGCUAAGCAUGCCGUGUCCGAGGGGACCAAGGCGGUGACCAAAUUUACUAGCUCUUGACUUUUAGGGAGGUCCUAGUUGGGAUGAUUUGUUGGAAAUGAUAGAGUUAGGCUUUCAUUUUGUUCCUUUUUUUUUGUUUGCUGAUGUUGGAUGUAAGUAACACAGGUGCUUUUGACAGUGAAUGAAUGAAUGUUUCUAAUUUUGUCCCUAA